AUGUUCAACCGCACGGUCGCCCGAUCCGCCAUCAAGGCAAUCAAUACCCGUCCAGCUCUCUAUGCAGCCUCAACCCGCCCAUUUUCCCUCACAGCCAUUCGCGCAAAGAAGGAAGACCCCAACAAAGACCCUAUCCUCGCCGCCACCGACCGCGCCGAGAAAGGAGCUUCCGGCGAGCAUGAGGGUGAAUUCGCGCGUACCGAUGACAGCGUUCAAAUCCAAUAUCCUCCUGACAGCCAAUAUCCCGCCCAGCCCGUUGUCCAGGGCCGGGGUGGGAUGCACUUUAAGCGUACACUGGCUCAAUUCUCGCUCGAGAACAAGGUUAGCGUUGUGACGGGUGGUGCUCGUGGGCUGGGUCUCGUCAUGGGCCAGGGACUGAUUGCUUCCGGCUCUGAUCUGGCGAUUGUUGACUUGAACAAGACUGAAGCUGAGGAGUCUGCGCAUAAGCUCAUUGAGCAGUUCCGGAUAGAGAAUCCCGGCCUGGAGCAACUGCCCCAGAUCACAGCCCACUACGCCGAUGUCGCCAAUCCAGAAUCCGUAGACUCAGCUCUGGCCGCAAUUCUCGCCAAGCACGGCAGGAUCGAUAACUUGGUCACCUCGGCAGGUUUCACCGAGAACUUUGACGCGAUCAGCUACCCAUUCGAGCGCAUGCAGAAGCUAUGGGGCGUCAACGUGGAUGGCACCUACUUAUUCGCCACAGGCGUGGCUAAGCAUCUAAUGGAGCGCAACGCUGGUGGUAACAUCGUUAUGAUCGGCUCCAUGUCUGGCGCAAUCGUCAAUGUGCCUCAACCCCAAGCUCCAUAUAACGCUGCCAAGGCCGCUGUGCGGCACCUCGCCGCGUCUCUAGCUGUUGAGUGGGCUGGCAAGGAUAUUCGUGUCAACUGUAUCAGUCCCGGAUACAUGUUGACUGCUCUUACCCGCAAAAUCCUCGACGAAAACCCUGAACUCCGCGAUAAAUGGACCUCCCUCAUCCCCGUCGGCAAGAUGGGAACUCCGGAAGACCUAAUGGGCGCUGUGACUUUCCUCUUAUCCGACGCCUCAAAGUACAUUACCGGUGCUGAGCUGCGUGUUGAUGGCGGAUAUACCGUGACUUAA